GCUUACCGCACGUAUACACCCGACCACUGCCACCGUUGGGGACACCUGGCCGCCGACAUGGACGAUCAACCGCGCGCCGGAGCUGCAAAACGGAUGAUGCCAGCUCUCUGUCUGGGCACGGCCCACAAGAUAGACGAGGACGACCUCGUCGCCCGUAGCGCAGAGCACGGCGAUGCCGAGGUUCAGACGCAAGUUCUAGCGGCGCACGUGGAGCCGGCGGCCGGCGGUAGUCCUGGGAUGGGCAACGGCUAUAACAAAGACUCUGAUUGCGACGACGGCUUAGGCGAUGGCAUUGCUUCGGGUCGGUACGACAUUGGAUCGGCCGCCGAGAUAAGCUCUGUAGCUGAUAUCAACGAUGCUAACAAUACCACCGUCCUCGGGCGGGAGGGGGAAGAUUAUACGACGACCGAGGCGAGCCCUGCAGCUAAGACCAGCCAUGCGGACGACAACAUUAUGGCCGAGCGAGAGGGCCUUGCAGCUGGCAUCAGCAAUGCAGUCGACGCAGCCAUGUCCAAGAAGGCGGGGGAAGAUAAUGCAAUGACUAAGACGAGCUCUACAGCCAAGGCCAGCGAUAUAGAUAACACCAUCAUGUUCGAGCGAGAGGGUGCAGGCUAUCGCCAGAGCGGUGAUUGCCCGGAUUACUCCAGAGAUGAACCGCUUGCGACUCAGCAGGCCGUGCCCCUGCACGCCAAGGCUGCCCACAAGGAUAUCACGAGGGGUGCCGAGAAUGAAGACGGCAACUAG